AUGGUGCGCUGGCAACCUUUGCUGUUCGCCCUUCUAGUGGUUAGCUCAUACGCUGCCACGACUACAGAAGAAACAACUAAACCCACUCCUUCCACAACCCCCGGAACUUCCGAAACUACGACAUCAGAAUCGACGACGACGACUACAGCGAGCAAGGGUACAGAAGAGGUCAAAGAGAAAGAGGGACCUGAAACAAGAAAUGAGACGGCGGCUGUGAGUAGAGCAAAACGUCAAUGCUGCUUUGCUGCUCAAAACUCUUGCUGUCCACAACAAGUUCAGUCUCAAUGCAAUUGUGCUGCUCUUCAGAUUCAGGUUCAACAAUGCGACUGUGCCAACAUGCUCCAAACCCAAUGCGGUUGCCCAUCCAUCUCCAGCCCAUCUUGUGAUUGUGGAACCCUCCAAAUGCAAUAUUCUUCGUGUGGAUGUGGUGCAUUGAGCUAUCAAGUUUCUUGCAAUCAGUGCCAGCAACAGUCUCAGCCACAGAUCAUCGUUGUCCAACAACCACAACAGCAAUGCUCAUCCCAGUGUAUGCCAGCCUGUCUGCCAUCUUGUGUUCAGAGUUCAUGCGCUCCAGCCUGUCAACCAAUGUGCUCGAAUUCGUGUGUUCAGCAGCAACAGCAACAGAUCAUUGUCGUGCAACAGCCACAGCAACAGUGUGCUUCGUCUUGCAUGCCAUCUUGUCAGCCAUCAUGCGUUCAACAGGCCUGCGCCCCAGCCUGCCAGCCAAUGUGCUCAAACUCAUGCGUCGAGCAACAACAGCAACAAAUCAUCGUUGUCCAACAACCACAGCAACAAUGUGCUCCAUCCUGCAUGCCAGCUUGUCUCCCAUCCUGCACCAAUGGAUGCUCUGGAAAUAACUGUGGAAACAAUCAACCACAAGUUGUUGUUGUCCAACAAAACCAACAGAACCAGUGCGCUUCUUCCUGUAUGCCAUCCUGUCAACCAUCUUGUGUUCAGGCGGCUUGUGCUCCAGCUUGCCAACCAAUGUGCUCUUCCCAAUGUGUCGAACAACAACAGGCACAAAUUGUUGUCGUCCAGCCACCACAGCAACAAUGUACCUCAUCUUGCAUGCCAGCUUGCCAACCAAGUUGCGUCCAACAGGCCUGUGCCCCAGCUUGUCAACCAAUGUGCUCCUCUUCCUGCGUCGAGCAACAACAAGCUCAAAUCGUCGUCGUUCAACCAUCAUCUUCAUCUUCAAAUACUUGUGCUUCUUCCUGUAUGCCACAAUGUACUCCACAAUGUGUUCAACAACAAACCAUCUGCGCUGCUGCCUGCCAACCAUCCUGUCAAUCAUCGUGCAGUUCUAAUGCUCAAUGUGUUCAAGCUUGCCUUCCAAGCUGUGAAUCUUCCUGUGUUCAACAACAGCAACCAGUUGUAGUCGUUCAAGAUGCUCAACCAUCCUGUCCAUCUGCCUGCCAACCAUCUUGCAGUCAGCAAUGCAUUCAGACACAGAAUAUCUGUCAGUCCGCUUGCCAGCCAUCAUGCCAAUCCUCCUGCGGAAGCAACACUCAAUGCGUUCAAGCCUGUAUCCCAAGUUGCCAACAGACCUGCGGACAGCAAUCUCAACCAGUGAUUGUCGUUCAGCAACCACAACAAAACAACUGUGUUCAAGCCUGUCAGCCACAGUGUCAGCAAACCUGCGGAUCAAACGUCCAAUGCGUCUCUGCCUGCCAAAACAGUUGCCAACAAUCAUGUGGAAAUAACAACAAUCAGCAAGUGAUUGUUGUUCAGUCUAAUCCAAUUUGUGGACAGGCUUGUCAGGCUCCACCAGUACUCCAAUGUGUUCCACAAUGUCAACCAUCCUGCCAGCAAUCAUGUAUCCAACAGUACCAAUUCGUACAGGCUCCAGCCAUCACAAUGUGCCAACAAGUCGGUGGAUCAUGUGGAUGUGGAAGUGGAUAUUCUCAGUGUAUGCAAGGAGUUUGCUGUCUUCGCAAGAGGCAUCGACUAGCCAAGAACAAGUUGUAA